GUCAGUUUAAAAAAAAAAGCAUUCCUCAACAAAAUCUGCAUGAAAUAUUUAUAUACUUAGUUCCCCAAAGUCUUGUGUGAAGGAUCAACUCCAGAUGUCUUAUCUGUCUCCUGUCCGUACACCGCUGGUUUAGUGAAUUGUGGAUGAAUAUUUAAUCAGUCUAGUCGCACUGAUUAGGGGCUAUAUAAUCUGAUCAAGGAAUGUGACGCAACAGGCUGUGUCAUUAGAUCUGAUGCUACCAUUAGUGCAAUCAGGCCAUAUGGAGAAAAGGAGAGGGGGGGGUCACGUCUUCCCUCAAAAGAUUUUGCCAUUCCACAUGGUUGGACACAUUCUGGGGUCAUGAAAACUUUGUGGGGGAAACAUGGUCUGGUAUGAGAGUGAGUGGAAGUCUCCAUCUGAGUGAUAAUGAACAAGGCCGCAGUGUGUUUGCCACUGACUUGCUUCUUUGUCUAACGCAGACCUGAACCCCUGCUCUAAUCUGGGUUAUCUGGCCGUAAUCAGCUUAGCCCACUGCUACUCUCGCUGCCCCUGCUGCUCGGUGGGCCCUUUCUGUGGCUGCAGUCUGCCCUCGUCCCCGCUGCAGCUUGUGCUUUCAUCUGUUGAGGGGUGUCCUGGGGCAGACUCGAAGGGAAGUGCAGUUCAAAGGCAGUAGAGCUUGGAGAGCCACAGCACCUCUUUAUUUUAAUUUUAUUUUUUAUCCGGGGUCUCUCCUGUCCUGUCCUGUCCGAGCUGUGGCCAUGGCUGAACGUCAAGAGAUGACUUCAACUGAGGGCACGUCCGCUACCGACGCGUAUCCCAGAAAAAUCCUGCAAUAUAUGGAAGGAUUCCUCGUCUCAAAGACUGUGUUCACGUCCUGCGAGCUGGGUGUGUUUGAUGUGUUGCUGGCUGCAGAGUGCCCCCUGUCUGCAGAGGAGAUCAGCCAGGCAGUCGGGGCCAGUCUGGAUGGAACAGAGCGGCUGCUGGCUGCCUGCACGGGCCUGCAGCUGCUCAACACACACCAGGAGCAUGGACGAGUGCUUUACAGUAACACGGACGAGGCCAGUGUCUACCUGACCCGCUCCGGCCCGUUAUCUCUCUUCCAGUCCAUCCAGUACAGUUCCAGGACCAUCUACUUCUGCUGGCACUACCUGACCGACGCUGUCAGAGAGGGAAGAAACCAGUAUGAAAAGGCUUUUGGAGUGAGCUCUAAGGACCUGUUUGAAGCUCUCUACAGGUGUGACGAGGAGAUGGUGAAAUUCAUGCAAUUGAUGAACUCCAUUUGGAACAUCUGUGGUAAAGACGUGGUCACGGCCUUUGAUCUCUCUCCUUUCAAGCUUAUCUGCGACCUUGGAGGCUGCAGUGGGGCAUUGGCAAAACAGUGCACGUCAGCCUACCCAGAAUGCACUGUGACGAUCUUUGACCUCCCCAAGGUAGUGCGUAUGUCGAGGGAGCACUUUGUCGGCGAGGCCGACCUGAGGAUAAGCUUCCACCAAGGGGACUUCUUCAAAGACCCGCUGCCAGAGGCCGACCUCUACAUCCUUGCCAGAAUCCUCCAUGACUGGACAGAUGAACGCUGCAUAGGGCUACUCAGAAGAAUCUAUGAAGCCUGCAAACCAGGAGGCGGCGUGUUGCUGGUGGAGGCGUUGCUCCACGAGGACGGCUCUGGCCCGUUGACAGUGCAGCUCUACUCCCUCAACAUGCUGGUACAGACGGAGGGCAGGGAGAGGACAGCUGCCCAGUACGCCGCCCUGCUGGCCGCCGCCGGCUUCGCCAACACCCAGCACCGCCUGACGGGGAAGAUCUACGACGCUGUGCUGGGACUCAAGGAGACAUAAGACCUCUACCUCGGCUACUCAUGUAUCAAGAUUUUUUUUCCUUUUUUAAAGAUUUUGCCUUAAGCUUCUACAAAUAAUGAUAAUUUAAAAAAAGCACAAAAAUACUUUUUCACAUUUUAUGAUAAAAAAUGACACCAAUACAAAGCCCUUAUUUUGAUGACUGCUCAUUCCUGGAUACUAUGCUGAACCAUUGUGCAUCAUUUUAUGUAGAAUUUUAACACGAAGAGUGUGAUUAAACAAA